GUGAGCCUCACGUUACGCAGACACCUAAGCAAACCUCUAGCGUUUGCUCUCCUGUGGCAAGGGCAGUCAGCUUGUCUGGACAACCCCUUCACAAGACGCCAGCGAGAUAACUCCUGGCCUGCAUUUGGUUGUGGAGAAACUUGCUCUUGAUGGAAAUGUGAAUCACACCUCUAUGGCGGAAGAGGGUAGUGAAGGUGUGGCAAUGGGACUUCAGCCGGUGCGUUCAAAAACAAUCGAGGCCUCAUGCUCGAUAGUAGUGGCACCAAAGUCCAUGGGUGGUAUGCCCUUUUCACAAAAUGAUAGGAUAAAUGAAAAACUUGCCACACCUAAAUUGGACCGUACAGAAAAUCCGAAGUGCAGUGCUGUUAGGUCGACUCAGGUAAAUGGGAGGAAACCCGUCGGGAGUUUAUCCAGCAAGCCCAGGCGGGCGAAGCCAGGAAAGGGAUUAUCCCGUAAUGCGUUACAGCAGCCCAGCGUUGAUUCAUCGACUCAGGCAGCUGAUCGAAAUGAAAUGGUACAAAAAACGGGUUAUCCCCUCGGGCUCUACGUCCGAGGGGAAACAACCGCGUUCGGAGAGACUAAGCGUGUGGUACACUAAUUGUUGUAGUGUGCGUAACAAAUGGGGGGAAUUAGUGACGCGUUGUGAGCAUGUUGAUGUGGCCGCUGUGUCGGAGUCCUGGCUCUCUCCAGAUGACCUUAUUGGUGAUCUGCUUAUAGACUUUGCGUGCUACAGGGCUGACAGGCCCGGGUAUCAGACUGGUGGAGGAGUACUCUUGCUUAUAAAGUGCCAAUAUAAACACUGGGAGGCUCCAUUUACCAUGAGUUCUGCUAAUGUUCAGGUGGUAUCCUGCUAUCUAAGAGCAUGGGGUAGAUUGGAGAUUAUAGUAUGUGUUUAUCGUAGCCCAUCCUCCACGCGAGAAGAGGACAGGGAUCUUGGUACGUUACUAAGACAGGCGGCAAUGGCCGCACCUAAUUUUCUGAUCGUCGGUGACCUAAACCUUCCGCAUGCUGAUUGGCAGCAUGCUGAAAACAGAGUGGGUACUUUAGAGAAGGAACUAGUAGAUUGGAUGCAUGUAAAUGCGUUCGAGCAAUACGUCAAUGUCCCGACUAGGAGUCGUACUGGGAGUACCCCUUCAACCCUUGAUAUCGUGAUCGCCAGACAUGGUCACUUGAUUGACCUAUGCGUGGAGCCACCCAUAGGUAAGAGUGAUCAUUGUGUUUUGACCUUUUCUCUGGACACACCGAGGCUUGCAGAGAACCGUCGAAUGGGAAGAGAUUUAAAUCGUAUUGAUUUUACGAAGCUGCGGGAUCGAGCCCUUCAGAUCACUUGGGUCCCUGAACAGGACAAGGCCACUUUGGAACAGAGGUGGCUUCUACUUAAAAGUGGACUUGUACAGUUGCUGAAUGAAUUUGCUCCUCUUCGCCCCAGGAGACAUCUUGGGAAACCCCGAUGGUGGAGAAGAAAAAUUGAUAGAGCGAUAAAGAGGCGCAAUGCUGAGUGGAGAAAAUAUCAAGAAACUCGGGGCUUUCGACGUUGGCUGCAGUACAAAAGGUGUCGAAACAUGGCUAUUAAGUUACAGCGGCAGGCGAAGUACUCAUAUGAGCUUAGGUUGGCCAAAUUUGCGAAAACUAAUCCCAAGUGUUAUUACAGUUAUGUCCAGUCAAAGGCUUCUUUAAGAGAGGUGGUCGGCUGUCUAACCAUGGAGGACGGUACCCAGGCUGUAGACGACGUCGAUAAAGUAGAAGUGCUGCUACGUGUCUACCAAAGCCUGCAUCGGAAGGAUAGUGGGUCAGCCUUGCCAUCACAGCCGCACUGCUCAACUAGCUACACAAUGCGGGAAAUUAUUCUCAAUGUGUCAGAGGUCUUCACAGUGCUGGCCAGUUUGAACCCUUAUAAAUCAGCCGGUCCUGAUAGCGUACAUCCCGCCAUAGUUAAGCCGCUGGCUGAUAUCCUUCAGUAUCCCGUAGCGGAGUUAUUCAACCAGUCUCUUCAAGAAGGCAAGCUGCCACGUGAUUGGAAGGAGGCGACUAUUGUUGCCAUCCACAAGGGGGUUCUAAGUCGGUGCCUCUUAACUAUAGACCUGUUAGUUUGACCAGCAUCAUGCUGAAAUGCUUGGAAAAGCUUAUAAGGAACAGGAUCUGUGAGCACUUGACUGAGCACAAUCUAAUUAGAGCGGAACAGCAUGGCUUUCUCAAAAAGAAGUCUUGUCUUACCAAUUUAUUGUGCUUUUUAGACGAGAUUACCCGUUGUCUUGAUGGUGGGAUAUCGGUAGAGGUGUGCUAUUUGGACUUCAGUAAAGCCUUUGACUCCGUGAAUCAUCGAUUUUUAAUUGAGAAGCUGACAUGGUUUGGAUUGCAUCCUCAACUAUUACUAUGGCUCUCUGAAUUCUUACGUGGAAGGACAUUCAGAGUCAGCGUUGGGGAAGCGAGUUCUAGUGUUGGCCAUGCCUACAGCGGUGUCCCCCAAGGUUCGGUUCUGGGUCCAUUGCUGUUUCUUAUGUUUAUAAAUGACCUGGCUCCUCUUCUUGAGGAUCCCUGCUACAUCUUCGCAGAUGACUUGAAGCUAGUCAGUAGGGGAAACCGAGCGACAUUGGCUAAGGACAUCAUCACUGUGGCGAAUUGGUCAAGCCAAUGGGACCUACCUCUAAAUGCCAACAAAUGUCAACUAUUGACUAGUAGUGGUAGCGGAAUUGCAGUUCAGUCUCCUGUGGGAUCUCUAUCAUUGCGGUGUACUGACGAAGCCCGUGAUCUAGGUGUCAUCGUAGCGAACAAUUUUAAGCCUUCGGCACAGUGUCGCCAUGCUGCCAAUAAAGCACGACACGAGUUAUUUCGUCUUAGGAGGGCGCUGAGUAACACUAAAGCAGAAGUAUUCUUGCCCUUAUAUAAAGCAGUGGUCAGGCCACAUCUGGAGUAUUGUGUUCAGGCCUGGUCACCGUACCUCCGGAGUGACAUCAUUUGUAUAGAAAAGAUUCAGAAACUUGCGACCAGGAUGAUUGAAGGUCAACGAGGGAAGUCUUACGAAGAUCGUCUAAGUAGCUUAGGAUUAUUUUCCUUGGAACGGCGUAGGUUGAGAGGGGAUUUGAUAGAGACGUUUAAGAUCAUUAAGGGACUUAGUGGUAUUAGUUCCACCCAUCUGUUUGAGUUGGCUACGUCAGACCAUCUGCGCGGGCAUCGCCUGAAGCUCAAACAUCACAGAGCUCGUUUGGACAUCAGGGCAAAGUUUUUUACGAACCGAGUAGUUAACUACUGGAAUAAACUUCCUUCUGAUUUAGUGGAGUCUGAGACCGUAGAAGCCUUCAAAAGGGGCUUAGACAAUUGUUGGUCCAUCCUUUUUCCAGAGCUAUUGUAGUUGUACUGGUAUAUGUAGUGUAUUUUGAUGCUGGCAUAUGAAAGUGCAGAGAUUGCUCUUGUUCUUGCUUCAUUCCAUUGCAGAAGCAAGAAGAGACAAUCCAACGUCGAAGUGCCGGGGGCCGCUUCACUUACCGGCACAAGAACUGGACGCUCGUUAGGCGGAAGCCUCUAUCGUCCAUCUGACCUGACCUGAGCUG